AUUAAGCAUCCGGGAAAUUCGUGUAUUUAUUAUGAUUUUUAUGCGCGAUCGUUAGUUUGUAAAAUGAAGGGAAGCGAGGACGGACAUGGGCGAAUCAUAUAAAAGAAAAGAUGGAUAAAAGCAAAAUUGGUAAAAUCGGCAAAAUACGCAACUAUGUAAAUACAGGAAUCGAAAAGCUUCGGCAGAGCGUUACCACUUCCCAACCUAAGUAUGAAGUGGAUUUGGAAGAACUUACUCCCGAGCUUUUUCAAGUUCGAAAAACUCUACGCCACGGUUUUCCUUACGAACCCACGGCCAUUGCCUUCGAUCCUGUACAGAAUUUAUUGGCAAUCGGAACGAAGAAUGGAUCGUUGCGAAUACUGGGGCGAGCCGAGGUCGAUUGUCAUGUCAACCACGAUGGUUCAGUCGAAGUACAGCAUAUAGUCUUCCUCAUUAACGAAGGUUCUCUAGUCACCUCCUGCUACGACGAAAAAGAAAAACGUGCCGAAUUGCAUUUAUGGAGUUUAAAGAAGAAAAUACCGUCCAUUGUCUACUCACUACAAUUCCAAAGAGAUCACAUAAGCUGUCUUCACAUACGCUUCAACACAAAUUGGUUGUACGUUGGAACGACGAACGGCAAUGUUCAUUUUGUUGAAGUUGAAAAGUUUUCUUUAAGUUCCUAUGUUAUACAUUGGAAUAAAGCGGUAGGCACUCGGUGUAAUUCUCAUCCAGGAAUGGUCGUACAAAUGGCUGAUAAUCCUAUCGAAGAAAAUCAGCUUCUACUCGCUUUCGAACAAGGCCACCUAGUCCUAUGGAAUUUACAGCAGAAAGAAGCUGACGAACGUUUCAACUGCAACGAAGGAAUUACUUCAGUUUCUUGGCACUAUGAUGGUAAAUCAUUCGUGUGUGCCCACUCGACUGGAUCUUAUUCAGUUUGGAAGUUAAAUAAAACUGAUGGACCUUUCAGUCGGCAUAAGAGUUCCGACUCCCGUUGUACCCCAAUUCAUCGAAUACUGCAAACUUUCUGCAAAGCCUCUAACGAACCUUAUCUUAUAUUCAGCGGAGGUGUUCCGAUUGAUAGAGAUAGUUCUAUGAGAGCUGGAACGGUUACAAUCAAGCAUGCAAAAAAUACUAUGAAAUUCGAACUAGAAAGUGAUGUUGUUGAUUUGCUUGUGCUAGAUUCCACUCCAUGGCGUAAUGAAGUUUCUGAUCCUAAAGCCCUGGCAGUUCUUCUAAACCAUGAUCUUAUUCUUCUAGAUUUGGAAUCUUCAGAACAUGCAAGGUUUGAAUCUCCUUAUCCUAUGGAUUUGGAUGAAUCGGAAGUAACUUGUUUACAGUAUUUAGCUGAUUGCACCCCUGAUCUUAUACCGGCUUUAUACAGUGCUGGUUCUCGCUCUGGUAAUACGAAUUCUGGCAAACCUUGGCCGCUACUUGGGGGCGGUUGUGUUAAUUCUAAUUCGUCACUGGAGGAAUUAGUCAUAACAGGUCACGCAGACGGAUCAUUAAGAUUUUGGUCUGCGUCUGCAGGAAGUCUACAGAUUCUGUUCAAGUUGAAAACAGUUCGGGUCUUUGAAAGAGCCCCAAGUACGGCAUCUGAAUUAGAUCCUCUGGCUAUUAAGGUUAUUCAUCUAGAUCCCGAAUCGAAAAUGUUGGUUGUUGGUGGGAAGACUCAUGCAACUUUAUUUUCCUUUUCAAAAUCGGAAGCAGUUGUGGAAAUUGGUUGUGUGGAGGUCGCUAUAGUGUACGAUGUUAAUGAUGACCUUGAUUCACCAGAAAGUGAGCAUCCGCCAAAUCUUUCGGCGCAAAAUAGUCAAAGUUCGGCUGCUUCGGACGGGCCAAGUAGGUCUGACGUGACUACACUGAGGGUUCGAUCCAAACCCCGAAACUGGCCAGCAGGUUUCCAGCCAGAUAUAGCUUGCGUCCUAUCGGCUGUCGACGGAGAGCCUCCAGGAGCGGUUACAUGUGUGGCUUUGAGCGCUGUUUAUAAUCUUAUGGGGAUUGGUACAGAAUACGGAUUAGCUUUAAUUGAUAUUACACACCGAACCUGCCUAUUGUCAAUUGGUACGCCGGAUUUGUAUGGUUCAUUGGACCCUUACACCAGAACUCCUAAUCCAAAGAGUCCCAAAUUAAAAUCGGCUGGUCCGUCGUCUUCCUCCCGUUUUCAAUUUCAGGAUAACCCCAAUUCGUCUUCGAAUGCGACUAAUGAUGAUUGCAGAAGUCCUACAAGUGAUCAGGUGAGUGUUUUUGUCAUGUUUUUAAAGAACCUAGUUAGUCAGUCGGGGAAUUUAAAAAGUAAAAGUCAUGUCGUAAUGAGAAAAUUGACAUUUAAACUGGCAGACGUCAACACCUUAUCUACAACAUAUGGCAACACUCGAAUUGCCAUCGUUUGUAAGUGAUUUUAUACAUGUUUGAGUCUUUUACGAUAACCUUAAUCACUUAUACCUCUUCUAAAACAAUACUGGAUCGUUUUUUAAGAUCAGCAUGUUUACAUAUUCGUUUUUUCAAUUUAUGUUUUUUUUACGAGUAAUCGAAUUCUGUAGCGCUGCGUUGUAAAACUUACUGCCUAUUGAAAUAACUCGAUAAUUAACAUACAAUAAUGCGUUACAUUUAAAAGUAUCUUUCUUCUUUUUUUUCAAUGUCGAGGUGAGAUAUCUCUUUAAUUAUUUGGAGUAUAAAGGCUUUUUAAAGAAAAAAGAAAGAACUUUAAAGUAAUGAGCUUUAAUUAUGAAAGAAUACUAAAACUAAAACAGUCUAAAUAAGUAGUAAGUUUCUACAAAUUCCGGUGCACUUUACCCGUUUUGAGAUAACUAAAACUUGAAACUGAGCACGCCACUCUCCUACCACAAAAGAUGUUGAUGAGUCGA